ACUCCACUAUCAGUUGGAUUGGAUACCACAAAAUCCAGACCGUUGCCAUGUUCAAAAUGUUUCCAUCCUUGGAUCACUUGUAUGUUCUUGAUCACUCAUUGUCUAAUCUGGAUGGGAGCUGGGUUUAGUUUUGUGGGUUGGUUAGUUUUUUAUUUAAAUAAUAAUUAUUCAUUAUUCAUCGUGAUAUCGAACACAUAAAAUUCCCAUCUCAAGUGGAUUUCUGGCUUGGAGACAGCCACAACUCUAAGCACAAGCCAACCACUGAAAACCUUCAAGUUUUAUAUCUAAAGUUGUAACGCUCUUUGCUUUUGCAAGAAUUCAUAUUCUUUUUUUACAGUCUCCAGCUUCAAGGAUUAGUUAGGGUUUUGGGGCCGAUUCAAUGCCUCCUUCAUGUGCCUUGUCUCCUUCACUGAGGUCAGAGCUCUUCAAUUCCACCUACGUCAGGUUUAUUUCACCUUCCAGACUGGCUCAGUACAGAAGCAAAUGUGUAAUGAACAGGAGAGAUUUUGCUUUCAAAGGAAUUGUGGCUUCUGGGGUUUCAGUCAUGGGUUCUUCUUUGGUCACUGAACCUGUAAAAGGGCUUGAGAGGUUGCCGUUCAAGCCAGAAGGAUACAAUUACUGGACCUGGCGGGGUCACAAAAUACAUUAUGUAGUGCAAGGAGAAGGGUUUCCUAUUGUUCUCAUUCAUGGUUUUGGUGCUUCUGCGUUUCAUUGGAGAUACAACAUACCUGAGUUGGCCAAAAGAUAUAAGGUUUAUGCGUUAGACUUGCUAGGUUUUGGAUGGAGCGAGAAAGCAAUUAUUGAGUAUGAUGCCAUGGUAUGGAGGGAUCAAGUGGUGGAUUUCUUGAAGGAAAUAGUGAAAGAACCAGCUGUUAUUGUGGGAAACAGCCUUGGAGGGUUUACAGCUUUGGUUGCAGCAGUGGGGUUGCCUGAACAAGUUGCCGGAGUUGCAUUACUAAAUUCUGCUGGACAAUUUGGAAACCCAAAUGCAGAAACCAGCAAGUCUGAAGGAUCAAUCUUACAGAAAUUUGUCCUCAAGCCACUGAAGGAAAUUUUCCAGCGUGUAGUUCUUGGAUUUUUGUUUUGGCAAGCAAAAAAACCAGCUCGUAUUGAAUCUGUAUUAAAGAGUGUGUAUAUAAAUACGUCCAAUGUGGAUGACUAUCUUGUAGAAUCAAUAACAAGACCAGCAGCUGACCCCAAUGCUGGAGAAGUUUAUUACAGAUUAAUGACUCGGUUCAUGUUGAAUCAGAGCAAAUAUACUUUAGACAAUGCCUUAAGCCAACUGAAAUGCCCAUUGUUAUUGCUUUGGGGUGACUUAGAUCCAUGGGUGGGUCCUGCCAAGGCUAAUCGAAUCAAAGAGUUUUAUCCAAGGACAACUCUUGUGAACUUACAGGCUGGUCACUGCCCACAUGAUGAAGUUCCCGAGCUUGUUAAUAGAGCUUUAAUGGAUUGGUUGUCGUCUAUGACACCAGAAGCCUCUUUGCAGACAGUGUAGAAGUACUCAAAUUUUACAGCAUUACUGCCAACAUAUAUCUGCUUUGAGGCAUUACUUGUAAAUUAAUUGUAUAUUUGUUGAUCAAAAUUAAACCUUUCAUUGCAAGUAUAGAUAAUAAGACAUUGGUCAUCAUGGACCCCUUAAGGCAGAAAGAUAUGGAUUUUGAGAGAGUUGGCCAGUAUUUCAUGGUCAUUGCAGCUACACCUUGUCAAUAUGAUUUAUUGCUUGUGUGGGCAACUAAUUUAAAGCUAUUUUAUGAA